AUGAACAACUCCAAAUACGCACCCAAAACCCCCGCGGAAAAACUCGCCGAGUCAAAAUCCGAAAAGCUCAAAAAAGACAAAGACCGCAUCAACCGCCUCUUACUCCGUCUGCAGUGGAAAGCCGAACUCCUCAUGCUCUCCUACCUGCGCACCCUCGAUCUCCUGCAACACCAAACCAUCCAAACACCGUCAAUGUUCCAACUCGACUUUUUCGAAUUCUACACCUUACUCGAACGCUACAUGCUUUCUUUAUUCUCCUUAUUCGGCAUAUCCAUCUCCUCCUCUCUAUCCCCGGAACAGCAGCAGCAGCGCCACAAUUUCAAUUAUCUGCGCUACGAAACGAAUCCUUCCCUACGCCACACACGGCCAAUGGCGGAUCACGCCUUCCAUGCUAAUCUCCUCGAGGCCCUGGAUGAUCCUGACGGUCCGUUUAAGAAGUGUCUCGGGGAGGGGGAGGUAAGGGUGCAACUUGGUAGAGCAAAGGAGUGUAGGAAUAUGUGGAAGGAUGCGGAUUCUAAGGCAGGAGGGGAAGGGGGGAGGGUGGGGUUGCAGGAGUUGGGCGUGGAGGGCAUGUUGAGGGGGAUUUUGGCCGGGUGCGAGGAGGCGAGGGGGGUGGCAAUGGGGUUUCAGGGCGAUGAUGGGAAGGGGGUGACGAGUCGGGAGUUUGAGAGGUUGUUUGAGGCAGAGGGCAUGGAGGUCGAGGAUGUGCCGUAUGAAUAUAUGGGGGAUGCCAUGGACUUGGAUUAG